ACUAUGGCUCUCUCAAGAUUAUUUUUCUUCAUAUUUGCAAUCUUAGCUUCUUUCUCUUUGUUGAAUGCAACAGAUGUUUCUCAUGACGGAAGAGCCAUAAAAAUUGAUGGCCAGAGAAAAAUUUUGAUUUCUGGUUCUAUUCAUUACCCAAGGAGUACUCCUCAAAUGUGGCCAGACUUGAUUGCAAAAGCGAAAGAAGGUGGACUUGAUGCAAUUGAAACCUAUGUAUUUUGGAAUGCUCAUGAGCCUCAACGCGGCCAGUACAAUUUUGAUGGCAACUUGAACAUCAUUAGAUUUCUCAAGGAAAUCAAGAAUGCCGGAAUGUAUGCAAUUUUGCGUAUUGGUCCUUAUGUUUGUGCUGAAUGGAAUCAUGGAGGACUUCCUGCAUGGUUGCAACAAAUACCUGGAAUGCAGUUCAGGACUGAUAACCAGCCAUUUAAGGAUGAAAUGCAAAAGUUCGUCACUAAAAUUGUAGACAUGGUUAAAAUAGAAAGCCUUUUGGCACCACAAGGAGGGCCUAUCAUUCUCACUCAAAUUGAGAACGAGUAUGGUAAUGUUGAAAAACCCUUUAAAGAUGCUGGAAAAAGAUACAUUUUGUGGAGUGCACAAAUGGCAGAAGCUCUCAAUGUUGGUGUACCAUGGAUUAUGUGUCAACAAGAUGAUGCUCCUCAACCAAUGAUAAAUACUUGCAAUGGUUUUUAUUGUGAUAGCUUCAAGCCAAACAAUGAAACGAGUCCUAAGAUGUGGACAGAAAAUUGGACUGGCUGGUUUAAAAGUUGGGAUUCACCAGAUCCUCACAGGCCCGCAGAGGAUGUAGCUUUUGCUGUUGCUCGAUUUUUCCAAAGAGGAGGAACACUGCAAAACUACUACAUGUAUCAUGGAGGGACCAAUUUUGGGCGAUCAGCAGGAGGUCCUUACAUUGUAACUUCUUAUGAUUAUGAUGCUCCUCUUAAUGAAUUUGGAAAUCUUAAUCAACCGAAAUGGGGUCAUCUAAAGCAACUCCAUUCAUCCAUCAAAUUGAUUCAGGAUGCCCUUCUUUUUGGAGACGUGAAUGAAACAAGCCUUGGCAACGGAAUCACUACAACAAAAUAUUCUGGCAACAAUAUCACAUCUGCUUGUUUCUUGAGCAAUGAAAAUUCUACUGUCGACUCGACUAUCAGUUUUGAAGGAAAUAAUUUUUUUGUGCCAUCAUGGUCUGUUAGCGUUCUUGCUAAUUGCAGCCAAGAAAUUUUCAACACUGCUAAGGUUGGGACACAGACUAAUGUCAUGGUCAAAAAGUCUAACUUAGCUCAGGAUGUGGCUCAGUUAAAAUGGCAGUGGAGGCCUGAAAUCUUAGUGAAUCAAGUACAAGGAAAGCAUCCAAUAAAACAAGCAAAUGCACUCUUAGAGCAAGUUUCUGUUACUGCAGAUGUUAGUGACUAUUUGUGGUACAUAACCAGUGUGAAUAAUCUAACGCAAGGCAAUAUGACUCUUCGUGUUAAUACGACUGGUCAUGGUAUUUAUGUUUUCGUUAAUGGAGUUCUUCAAGGAUCUCGGUAUGCACUGACUGAUCAUUUCACUUACGUCUUUGAGACUCCUAUUGCUGUUAACAAUGGAACAAAUAUCAUAGCUUUGCUUAGUGCAACUGUGGGUCUGAAGAAUUAUGGUGCAUUUUAUGAGACUACUCCAACUGGGGUAGUUGGAGGUCCAGUUGAAUUGAUUUCAGGAAACACGACAACAGAUUUAUCGAACAGUCUAUGGUCUUAUAUGGUUGGCUUUGACGGUGAAGGAAGUCAAUUGUACGUUGACGGCGAGGGCGUUAGAUGGUAUUCGCCAAUGAUUCCUAUGAGCAGGCCCUUCACUUGGUACAAGACCACAUUCCAAGUCCCAGUGGGUUCGGAUCCAGUAGUCGUUGACCUCCAAGGCAUGGGCAAGGGGGUCGCUUGGAUCAACGGAGAAAACAUUGGAAGAUAUUGGACCAACAUUAUGGCAACUUCCAAGAAUUGCACCCCGUGUGAUUAUAGAGGAUCAUUCAACGCUGGCCGAGCUUGCAACACUGGUUGCAAUGAGAUUGGACAAAGAUGGUAUCAUGUGCCUCGAGAAUAUUUGAAAGCAGGAGAAAGCAACACUUUGAUUUUGUUCGAAGAGAUUGGUGGCAAUCCCGAGAACGUUAGUUUCCAAGGUGUAACCGUUGGUACCAUUUGUGGCAGUGUAAACGAGAAGGAGACUUUGAAUUUGACAUGUGAAGGUGGGAAAAUCUCUAGAAUUGAUUUUGCAAGUUUUGGCGACCCUAAAGGCACGUGCCAAUCCUUUACCAAAGGAAGUUGUGAGGCUUCAGGGGCUUUGGAUAGAAUCCAACGGGAAUGUGUUGGAAAUAUGUCAUGUUCGAUACUGGCAGAUGAGAGUUUGCUUGGAGUGUGCAGUCCAUGUACUGGUAAUGUGAGCAGGAGGCUCACCGUGCAAGCAACCUGUAGUUAGUGAGCUUUUGUUAGUUUAUACUUUAGGAUUUUAGGUGAGGCUAGUUUUGAUAAAUAUUUAUCUGAAUAAAGUUUUGGUACUUUUUUUUUUAAGUAGUUGUAUUAGGAUGUGUAGUGAGAAUGGUCACAUUUUUUGCUAUUGAGCUGAGUUCCCUAUCUA